GUUCAGGCCAUUCACCUGAAGAACGUAUACAACGUAAUGAGCACGAUAGAUUAAGAAUGCAAGCGCAUCGUGCAGCAAGAAAUGUUAAUGAAAAUGCACAAAGACGACAACAAGCAGCACGAAUCAAUGUUAAUAUUGAUUUGAACGGUGCUGGAUUUCAAUAUAACAAUGCCAUUGAUUAUAGUUUGCAUAAAUUUGUGGUUAUUGGCGCAAUGGACAAAAUAUGUCAAUAUUGUAAUGCAGUGAAAUUUAAAACUGAACCUCCUGGAAUGUGUUGUACUUCUGGGAAAGUACGACUACCAGAAUUACAAUAUCCACCAGAACCAUUAGCUUCACUGCUUUCUGGCUCAACACCUCAAUCAAAUCAUUUUUUGGAUCACAUUCAAAUGUACAAUCCAUGUUUUCAAAUGACGUCUUUUGGUGCGACGAAUAUAAUAAGAGAUAAUUUUAUGCCGACCUUCAAGAUACAAGGGCAAAUUUACCACAAAAUCGGUUCCUUGCUGCCAUUCCCAGAUGCUAACUAUCAAUUUUUGCAAAUUUAUUUCCUUGGCAAUAAUCAAAAUGAAGUCGAUACACGUUGUGCAUUUUUUAAAAGUGCCAGAAGAUUGAUAAUUGAAGAAUUGCAAGCAAUAUUUCAUGAACAUAACGAAUUGGUUACUACGUUUAAGACAGCACUUGAUCAAAUGCAAUCUGAUGAUCAUAAAAUUGUGAUUAGAGCUGACAGAAGACCGAUCGGUGAACACGAACGAAGAUUUAAUGCACCGCUUAAUAAUGAAAUUGCUAUUGUGAUUGUUGGUGAAGAAUUUCAAUCACGUGAUAUUGUAUUGCGCCGAAGAAAUAAUCAAUUACAACGUGUAUGCGAAACGCAUCGCUGUUAUGACGCACUACAAUAUCCAAUUUUAUUUUGUCGAGGCGAAGAUGGAUACUCUGUCAAUAUAAAAAUGGUUGAUCCAGCAAAUCCGCAACGUGAAGUAAAUAAAAACGUAAGCGCCAUGAACUAUUAUGCAUAUAGAAUUAUGAUACGACAAAACCAGGAAAAUCAUAUUUUGAAAGCCCGAAAACUAUUUCAUCAAUAUAUCGUAGAUAUGUAUGCAAAGAUAGAAACAGAACGUUUGAAUUUCAUUCGAUUUAAUCAAAGGAAGUUGCGCUCAGAAGAGUAUAUCCAUCUCAGAGAUGCGAUCAAUAAUGACAGAAAUGUAAACAAUAUUGGACAAAUGGUAAUUUUACCAUCGACCUACACAGGGAGCCCCCGUCAUAUGCAUGAGUACGCACAAGAUGCCAUAUGUUAUGUUCGUUGUUAUGGUCGGCCUGAUUUAUUUAUAACAUUCACGUGCAAUCCAAAAUGGGAAGAAAUUAAGAAAUAUUUGUAUCCCGGACAAUCUUCUACUGAUCGCCAUGAUAUCACUGCAAGAAUAUUUCGACAAAAACUCAAGUCACUUAUGGAUUUUAUUGUCAAAUAUAAAGUUUACGGAGAAGUUAGAUGCUGGAUGUACUCUGUCGAGUGGCAAAAGAGAGGUUUGCCACACGCGCAUAUUUUAAUAUGGUUAGUGGACAAAAUUACAACUGAUCAAAUAGAUGAUGUAAUCUCAGCUGAUAUUCCAGAUCAGACAAUUGAUCCAGAUUUAUUUGAUGUUGUCACUAAAAAUAUGAUACAUGGCCCGUGUGGUGUGAUAAAUGUCAAUUCACCAUGUAUGCAAGAUGGCAAAUGUACGAAACGAUACCCUAGAGCACUCAUUUCUGAAACAAUUACUGGAAAUGAUGGAUACCCUCUAUAUCGUCGACGUUCAACACAGGAUAACGGCAAAUCAAUAACUUUACAAGUGAAUCGUCAAGAUUUUGAAAUUGAUAAUAGAUGGGUAAUUCCCUAUUCGCCAUUGCUAUCGAAAGCGUACAAAGCUCAUAUCAAUGUAGAAUAUUGUAAUUCGGUCAAAUCGAUUAAAUACAUUUGCAAGUAUAUUAACAAAGGCAGUGACAUGGCUGUUUUUGGAGUUGCAGAGAACCGAAAUGAUGAAAUAACUCAAUACCAAAUGGGCAGAGAUCAAUUUGCUAAAACACUGCUUUAUGCACAAGUACCAACAUAUUACACAUGGAAUGUAAGUUCAAAGACAUGGGAAAGACGUAAAAGAGGAAAACCUGUAGAUGGUUAUCCUGGUGUUUUUGAAAGUGACGCCAUAGGACGACUUUAUACAGUGCAUCCUAGCCAGGCUGAAUGUUUUUAUUUACGUCUUUUAUUAAUUAAUGUUCGUGGACCAACGUCUUUUUUGAAUUUGAAAAGAGUUAAUGGGCGCCUCUGUCAAACUUACCGGCGAGCAUGUGAAGAAUUGCAUCUACUUGAAGAUGAUAAUCAUUGGGAUGCAACACUUGCAGAUGCAUCCGCAACAGGUACACCGCAUCAAAUACGGACAUUAUUUUCAAUUAUUGUUGCAACAUGUUUUCCAUCUGAUCCAUUGCAACUGUGGCAAAGUUAUCGUGAUUAUAUGACCGAAGAUAUCUUGAAUAGAAUGCGUCGUAUUUCUGCAAAUCAGGAAUUACUCAUUACACUGGAAAUGUAUAACGAGGCAUUGAUUAUUAUUGAAGAUAUGUGCUUAGCAGUUGCAAAUAAAUUAUUGUCACAAUUAGGUUUACCACCUCCUAAUCGAGCAAUGCAUGACGUAUUUAAUCAAGAUAUACAACGUGAACAACAAUACGAUAUAAAUGAUCUUAACACAUUUAUAAAUUUGAAUCUGCCGAAAUUGAAUAUAGAACAAAAACAUGCAUAUGACACUAUAAUGCAAGCUAUACAAAACAAAAGUGGAGGAAUGUUUUUUUUAGAUGCGCCAGGUGGCACCGGUAAAAUGUUUUUGAUUUCGUUGUUAUUAGCGACUGUAAGAUCACAAAACAAUAUAGCAUUAGCGCUUGCAUCGUCUGGAAUAGCUGCUACAUUAUUAGAUGGUGGCCGUACAGCGCAUUCCGCACUUAAAUUACCAUUGAAUAUGCAAAUUAAUGAAAAUCCAACAU